UGGUGUGCAACUCACUGGACCAAGAGCUUUGGCUGCCACCUCCCUUGGGAAGCCUGGCCAUGAAGCUCUUCCUGAUCAUUGUAAUUCUGCUUUUCCAGAAGCUCACAGUAACUGAACAACUUAAGAAAUGCUGGGGUCAAUAUAUACAAGGAAACUGCAGAAAAAUAUGCAAAGUAACUGAAACACGUGAAGUACUAUGUGAAAAUGGGAGAUAUUGUUGCCUCAAUAUCAUGGAACUGGAAGCACGUAAAAGAAUACCAAAGCCAACUCGUCCAAAGCCAAUGACAUAUGCAAUAACUUUACCUCAAGAUUAUGAUACAUAUGUAGGAAAUUAUAUAAGCCCCAAGACAAAUUCUCCAUAAAUCAAGUACAAUUCUCCAUUCAUUUAUUUCUUAACCUAUCCUAAUAAACUAAGGUGAUGUAAUCCA